AUGCAAAUCAGAAGAAUUGCGAUGCUGUUUGGCUUCUUUGUGUUGUCUGUUGGGUUUUUCCUGGACAUGGGAGCAUGCACCGCAGUGCAAUCAGAGCUGAGAAUCACAACAAUAAAGCAAGAGCCGUAUACAACGUCCAAAGGUGCACAGCUGGAGGGCUUUUGCAUGGACCUGCUGUCUGAAGUCGCCAAGAAACUGGGCUUCAAGUACAGAGUGCAGCUGGUGAAAGAUGGCUCAUACGGCAGACAGGAUGAGAGCGGGAACUGGAAUGGGAUGAUUGGAGAGGUGGUGAGAGGCGAGGCAGACCUUGCGAUUGCGCCGCUGACUCUCACUGCAGCUCGGGAGAAAGUGGUGGCGAUGACCAAACCGUUCAUGCAGACAGGGGUCAGCAUCCUGCUGAGGAAGGAUAUCUCAGAGGGAACUGGCUUCUUUGAAUUCCUGACCCCCUUUUCAGCCGAGACUUGGGUCGGCAUCCUCGUUGCAUACCUGGGGACCGCUGCUUGCAUCUUUAUAGUUACCAGGCUCAGCCCAUGCGAGUGGAGUCAGCCUCAGAUUGAGCAGAACAGAUUCAGCUUCCUCCACAGCCUGUGGUAUACAGCUGGAGCGCUGACUCUACAAGGUGCUGGUCCUCACCCCAGAGCUCUCUCAGGACGUGUCACCUGCUGCAGUUGGUGGUUAUUUUCCAUCGUCCUCCUGGCUUGUUAUUUCUCCAACCUCAGCUCCUCUAAGACCACUGACUCCACUCACCUGACUGUGAAAGGGUUCGAUGACUUGGCCAAUCAGGAUGUGAUUGAGUACGGCUGUUUAGCUGGCUCUUCCACCCUUGCCUUCUUCAAGAAUUCAAACAAUCCAGUGUACCGCAGAAUCUACGAACACAUGGAGAGGACGAAGAGUUUUGUGUCAUCUAUGGAUGAAGGCGUCCGGCGUGCAAAGGAGGGAAACUUUGCCUUCAUUGGAGAGUCUGUGUCUUUGGACUUGGCAGUAGCACGCCAUUGUGAACUGGUCAGAGCACAUGAGGUCGUUGGCAUGAGGGGAUACAGCAUUGCUGCUGCCCUUGGCUCACCCAUCAUAAAGAACCUCAGUGUGGCAAUCCUACAACUGAGUGAAGCGGGGGAGCUGGCUUACCUGCGAAGCAAGUGGUGGGCCAGCAGCUGCAUUGCAGACAAGGCCAAGUCUUUAGCUGUGCAGCCACAGAGCCUCAAGGGGAUGUUUCUGGUUCUCUCCCUCGGCCUGGGGCUCGGAGCACUGCUGGCUGUCCUGGAGCUCACCUCUAAGAGCCGCAGAAGCGCAGCUGAGCAGAGGAAAUCCUGCUGCACCGUGCUGACUGAAGAACUGAGUCUGCGCUUGAGAACCAGCGAUGCAAACAAACCCCAGGAAAGUGUAGACAAAGAUAAAGAAAAGGCAUAA